AUGCAGUGGGUCACUCUGGCAGUGGCCCUCGGGUGUGUGUGUCUGUCCCGGGCAUCGCACACCCCCACCCCCACACCCACCUCCACGCACACCCCUCUGGUGGACAACUCCGAGGAGGAAGUGGACGAGCCGUGCUUCGAGCCGUGCACGUGCGAGGUCAAGGAAGGCGUGCUGCACGUGCACUGCGACGGGCGGGGCUUCACUAACGUCAGCCAGGUGUCACAGUCAUGGGUCCGCCCUUUCAAACUCAACCUCCAGAGGAACUCGCUGAGGCGUCUCUAUAGCAACGGGUUUCAGCACCUUGGCAACGCAGUGUCUAUAAACCUUGGCAACAAUGCGCUCCAGGACAUCCGAGUGGGAGCCUUCCACGGGCUGGCCAAACUGAGACGUCUGUACCUCCACGAGAACAAGCUUGAGGUCUUCAGAAAUGACACCUUCGCUGGCUUAGAGGCUUUGGAAUACCUCCAGGCCGAUUACAAUGUGAUCAAACGAAUCGACAGCGGUGCUCUGAGGUUCCUCUACAAGCUCCGAGUUCUCAUCCUAAACGACAACCUGAUCCCAGUCUUGCCUGCUCAUCUGUUCAGAUCUGUGUCUCUGACUCAUCUGGACCUGCGGGGAAACCGUCUGAAGAGCCUGGCAUAUGCUGGGACCCUGGAGUACGUUGGCCGCUCCCUGAUGGAGCUGCAGCUGGAGGAGAAUCCCUGGAUCUGUGGCUGCGAGGCAGUGCAGCUACAGCAGUGGCUGGGUCAGAUCCCCUACACGGCUGUAGUCGGGGAGGUUACCUGCGAAUAUCCCUUCCACCUUCACGGCAAGGACCUGAGAGAAAUCCCCCGCAAAGAGCUGUGCGCUGACCUCCCGGAUAAAGAGCUACAAGGAGAGGGGGGUGGUCCGGCAGCAGGAUCACAGCCUCAGCACUGGCCCCCUAACUCCAAACCCAACUCACAUCCUGGGCGAGCCAGGCCCACUAAACCUUCCUCUAUGGUGCACGGCUCCCGCCAGAACACUCACACUUCCUCCACGUCGUCGUCCUCUUCCUCGGCAGAGCGUAAAGACCGAGAGAGGCAGCCGAGGCCGACUAAAAGGCCUCGACCCUCCCGGACGUCCCCAACGCCUCGCAGCCUGAUGCCCAACCAGAAUCCCCCCGUGGCUGGUUACCAAACACGGCCCCCCAUCCCUAUUAUCUGUCCGCUGGGCUGCACUUGCAACCUGCACAUCACAGACCUGGGCCUCACUGUCAACUGCAAGGAGAACAGCUUCCUCAAUGUGUCCCAGCUCACACCUCGGCCUCUCAACGGCCGCAAACUCUACCUGAGUGGAAAUUUAAUCCAGAGGAUCUACCGCACGGACUUCUGGAAUUUCUCCAGUCUUGACCUGCUUCACCUGGGGAACAACCGCAUUUCCUACCUCCAGGAGGGGGCCUUUUCGAGCCUAACAAGCCUGAGGAGUCUCUACCUGAACGGAAACAACCUGGAGAGACUGAGCCCCCACAUGUUUCUAGGGCUGCAGAAUCUAAGAUACCUUUAUUUUGAGUACAACGAGAUCCGCGAAGUCGAUCCCGGCACCUUCGACUCCAUGCCGUCCCUCCAGCUGUUGUUCCUCAACGCCAACCUGCUGCGGAGUCUCCCUCUCGGCGUGUUCUCCAGAGUUAAUCUGGCUCGCCUCAAUCUAAGAAACAAUCAUCUCCUGCAGCUUCCCAUGGAGGGCGUGCUGGAACACCUAACCGGCCUGGUGCAGGUGGACCUGCAGCAGAACCCGUGGGAGUGCAACUGUGAAGCAGCUCCACUGAAGCGUUGGCUGGAGGGGCUCAGCGCGGUGGUUGUGGUGGGAGAGGUGGUGUGCCAUUCCCCGGAUAAGACCAAAGGUGUGGACCUGCGCUCCCUCUCCAUGGAGCUGCUCUGCCCCGAGCUGGAGCCCCAGGAGGACCAGGAGCGCGAGGAGCAGACAGCCACCUCCACAGCAGCAGACAGCGGCGUAUCGGUUGGGUACCCCGGGUCGGGGCUGGGACCCGUGAUCCCUCCGAGGCCGGAUUCAAUCCCUCUGUCGGUGUUAGUGCUCAGCCUGCUGGUGUUGUUUGUCUCCGCAUUCUUCGCGGCAGCGGCACUAAUCGCCUACGCCCUGAGGAGGAGGGACAAGCUGCCGUUCCGACGCCAGGGAGAGGUAGACUUGGCCGGCAUCCAGAUGGAGUGUGGAAUCUUCACCGAGCAGUCGCACCACCACCACCAUCACCACGGCCUCCCGGAGAUGCCGCCCCUACCUCCAGCCGAACACAACCAUGUCUACGACACCAUCUUGCCCCCGGAGGCUGCAUCUAAAGGCGCCGAUCCGGCUGCAGCCUCGCGCAUGUGUAGCAACCCCAUCUACAAAGAGGAGCAGGACGCGGCGGUGAAACAGCGACCACCGCCCCAGCAGCAGCAGCAGCAGCAGCAGCAGCAACAACAGACAUUUGCAGCUUCAAACGAGUGCGAGGGGGGUUACUGCUCCUCGGCCGAGAAGGAGAGGGAGUGGGCGCUGGAGGUGUCCUCGUCGCCCAUCAACACUGUCACGGGGGCGAUGGGGCCGCUCGCCGGCCUCCACGGGAACGGCAUCCUGUGCCCCACGGUCAUCGACAGCCAGGGCCCCACCCCUAAGGUGGAACUGGUGGACUGCCUCUUCAGACUCCCGACCCCCGAGUUCCGAGAUCUGCCGGACAGGUACGCGAGGCCCCCGCCCCGCUACCCCCACCCUCAAGACUCCAAGCAGGACGCGAGGCCCGACCAAACGCUCGUGGUCACCACCGGCAGCUCCACGGCGGGCGGUGGCCACGGCAGCCAGAGCGAGCAGGGGGCAGGAGAGCAGAGAGCCAGACUGAGGACCACACCGGACUACAUGGAGGUGCUGGACCGCUCGUACCAGUUUUAA